UGCAGCAGAGAAGAUGGCUGCCGGGGCUGUCGGACGCGGACACGGAUAAUGUUUGCUCGUUUCGUACAAACUAUGAGUGCCGGAGGAGGUGGAGGAGGAGGAGGACUUAGAGUCGGGGAGGCGCCGGGUUGCCCGUCGCUGUGAGAGCCGCUGCUCCGGGGGCGCCGGUAGCGCACACCGAGCGGCUCCAUGUCCGAAGGGUCCCGCUCCCAGGGCCUGUGGUCCAAGAGGGGCUGCGUGGAGGCGAGCCGGAGAGAGCCAGGCCGCUCCAAGCAGAGGAGGUGUGAAGCUGCUCCUGGCACACAGUCAGCGAAGGCGGUGUGCAGUCAGGACACACCCGGCAGGUGUUUGAUGGCUGGGGACGUAGAGGUGUACCUGUCACAGGUGCACGAUGGCAGCGUGUCCUCAGGGUUCCGCGCACUGUAUGAGGAGCGCCUCCUGCUGGAUGUCACACUUCUGAUCGAGGAACACCACUUCCAGGCCCACAAAGCCCUGCUGGCGACUCAGAGCGACUACUUCCGGGUCAUGUUCACGGCCGACAUGCGGGAGCGAGACCAGGACAAGAUCCACAUGAAGGGGCUCACGGCCACAGGCUUCGGACACGUGCUGCAGUUCAUGUACUACGGUACGCUGGAGCUGAGCAUGCUCACGGUACAGGAGAUCUUGCAGGCUGCCAUGUAUGUGCAGCUCACUGAAGUGGUGGAGUUUUGCUGCUCCUUCCUGCUGGCCAGGUUGUGUCUGGAGAACUGUGCCGAAGUCAUGAGGCUGUUGGAAGACUUCAGUGUGGGUGUGGAGGGUGUGCAGGAGCAGCUGGACGCCUUUCUCCUCGAGAACUUUGUCCCCCUUAUGGCUCGCUCGGACUUCCUGUCCUACCUGAGUCUGGAGAAGCUAGUAGCGUACUUGGACAGUAAUCGGCUGAGCCGCUUCCCAGAGAUUGAGCUCUAUGAGGCGGUACAAGCAUGGCUGCGACACGACCGCCGCCGCUGGAGGCAUGCAGACACCGUGGUCCAGAAUGUGCGUUUCUGCCUCAUGACACCCACCAACAUCUUUGAGAAGGUCAAGACGUCGGAGUUCUACCGCUUCUCGCGGCAGCUGCGGCAAGAGGUGGACCAGGCUUUGAACUACUUCCACCAGGUCAACGAGCAGCCACUCGUGGACACCAAGUCAAACCGUAUCCGUUCGCUGCGACCGCAGACAGCUGUGUUCCGCGGCAUGAUCGGCCACAGCAUGGUGAACAGCAAAGUGCUCCUGCUGCACAAGCCCAAGGUGUGGUGGGAGCUGGAGGGCCCGCAGGUGCCCCUGCGGCCCGACUGCCUGGCUGUCCUCAACAACUUUGUGUUCCUGCUGGGUGGAGAGGAGCUAGGCCCUGACGGUGAGUUCCAUGCCUCCUCGAAGGUCUACCGCUAUGACCCACGGCAAAACUCCUGGCUGCGGAUGGCCGACAUGUCGGUGCCGCGGUCAGAGUUUGCAGUUGGCGUUAUCGGCAAGUUCAUCUACGCUGUGGCGGGCCGCACGCGGGAUGAGACAUUCUACUCCACGGAGCGCUACAGCAUCGUGGAGGACAAGUGGGAGUUUGUGGAGCCAUACCCUGUCAACAAGUACGGCCACGAGGGCACAGUUCUCAACGGCAAGCUAUACAUCACGGGUGGAAUCACCUCGUCAUCCACCUCCAAGCAGGUGUGCGUGUUCGACCCAAGCAGGGAGGGGCCGUCGGAGCCUCGCACACGCCGCACGCCGGUCCUGACCAACUGUUGGGAGAACAAGUCCAAGAUGAAUUAUGCCCGUUGCUUCCAUAAGAUGAUCACGCACAAUGGCAAAUUGUAUGUGUUCGGGGGUGUGUGUGUCAUCUUGCGUGCCUCUUUUGAGUCACAGGGCUGCCCCUCCACCGAAGUGUACGACCCCGAGACAGACGAGUGGACCAUCCUGGCCUCUAUGCCCAUAGGGCGCAGCGGGCACGGCGUAGCAGUUCUUGACAAGCAGAUCAUGGUGCUCGGGGGCCUCUGUUACAACGGCCACUACAGCGACUCCAUCCUGACCUUCGACCCUGAGGAGAACAAGUGGAAGGAAGAUGAGUAUCCCAGGAUGCCUUGCAAACUGGACGGGCUGCAAGUGUGCAGUCUGCAUUUCCCGGAGUAUGUGCUGGAGCACGUGAGGCGCUGCAGCUGAGGCUGGUGAUGAACCCUGCUGGUUUGCACUGGUCCCACGGACACGCAGCCUGAACUCUUAGGAAAAUGACAAAAAACUGAAUUUACAAGUUUACAUCUUAAAUAGUACCUAUAAAAUAGCAACACGUAAUGCUUGUAUUAUUUAUUAUAAGUAAUAGAUAUUGCAUACUUGAAAACAAACAUUCUGAUAAUUGUAAUGUUAUUUUAGGGCGGGAGUUGAUUUAUUGUGGGUGCAAUUUCAAAAUGUCUGAUUUCUCAAGGUAGAAAUCAAUAAAUGCUUUUUGGUAUUUUUAUUUGCUAUGCAUUAUAAGCCAUAGCUCUCUGAAGUCAAUACCCUGAUUUCAUUUUUUAAAACUUUUAUGCAAAAAAAAAAAAAAAAAAGUUUGCUGAUGUGCAACGUGGGCCUGUCAGGAAAGCACAGGGACUGGGUCCUCAGGGCUGUGGAACCGAGGUCAGCGGUCUGCAGUAUCUGUCUGCUAACAGUGCAGGUAAUGAGUGAAACACCAGCAGCUCACACUCGAACCUUGACCCUAAGGUUAAUGGGUGGGCCGGGGAACACCAGCAGCGCCACCGUCAGGCCUUGUGAACAUCAGCAAGCAGAACUACUCCUGUGUUUUGGACUGUAUGUGGCACAACUGUUGUACAUACUGCAGUUGUACUCACUCUUGGAGCAUUCGUGUGACAUCACAGCAAAAUCAGCCCUCGCAUCAUUUUCAAAUUCAGGAAUUCGGCUAUUCAUAAUCACUUAUCCAGUUAGUCCCCAGCAAGGAGAGCAAGUAAUUCUGCAUACAAUCUUAACAGGUCACUUGCAUGCAUGCACACACUACACAUUAAGGGAAAUUCAGGAUCGUUGGUCCAUAUGAACACAUUUUAAAAAGUGUCCAAAUCCAGAUGAAGGGAGGAGAGGAGAGAUUUGAACUGAACCUGUAAGUCAGACUGUGGGUUGACUGUCAGAAAAGGUAUCUGCACUCAAUCUUUCAUAGCUGUGACGAUGUGGCAGAGGGGACCAGCUAUUAAUGGCAGUGGGAGUGUGGAAAGUAACUGACCCUGGGGGCACUGGUAUUAAACACCUUACAUUUUUAAAAUAUGAGAAUGUGAACUUAAAACACAUAAUACUGGGGACUCCCUUCAUGAUUGACUGGUUUGUUUUAGAAAACAUAAUUGCUACAGCACUUAAAAUGUUAUUAAAAUCCAUUUUCACACAACCAGAAAGCAUAUUGUGUUUUUGUAGUUCCUCUAUAUCACUCU